AUGAAGAAAGCCCGUCAAAGGCAGAGGGUUUUCAUCCUCUGUUUGCUCUCUGUCACUGUGCUCGCUCCAAUUGUUUUCCUCUCCAAUGGAGCCAGUUUCCUCGCUUCUUUCGGAAGGAGAGGGUUGGCUCAUGAUAUUUCAACCCUGAAAUACAGGGCUGAGUCAUCACAGCUUCACGCAAUUGAGGAAGCAGAUGGAAGCUUGGUAGAACCAAAACCGAUUGUUUACCGAGAGAAGGAUUUGGGGUCUCUUAUUAGCUUAGGUACUAGUAAUGUCGAUAGUGAUUCUACUCAGCACAGAAGUACGGAUGACACGACUGAUUCUAAGAAACCUGAAAAUACUGGACACAAGACUAUUCUUUUAGGCAGCAACGGAACCAAUGACGAAAGAAGGAAAGAAAACCGGUCUAACUCUAAAGUACCAUCACGGUCAGAUACAGUGGGAAGUUCGAGAGAUCAAAGCAUAAGACGUACUUCUCAGAAACAAAUAGAUCGUAGGGUAAAGGAGAUACAAGACAAGAUCAUUCAAGCUAAAACAUACUUGACUCUAACACCACCUGGAAGCAACUCCCACCUAGUAAAAGAGUUGAGGCAGCGGAUAAAAGAAUUAGAACGGUAUGCAAGUGAAGGUGCUAAGGACACAGAUCUUCCUAGGAGUGCACUACAGAAAACGAAGGCCAUGGAAUUCACCUUGUUCAAAGCCAACCGAGUUUACAAAGACUGUACGGCCAUUGCUAAGAAGCUCCGUGCUAUGACUUACAAUGCGGAGGAACAGGUUCGGGCGCAUAAAAAUGAAGCAACAUAUCUUCUAGGGCUUGCAGCAAGGACUACACCGAAAGGCUAUCACUGUCUUUCCCUACGGCUCACUGCUGAAUACUUUGCCCUGUCGCCAGAUGAAAGACAGUUCCCUAAUCAACAAAAAGUACAUGAUCCCAAUCUCCACCACUACGCCGUUUUCUCGGACAACAUUCUUGCUUCUGCAGUGGUUGUGAAUUCGACAGUCUCUUCUGCCCAGGAUACAGGAAAAGUCGUUUUUCACGUGGUGACUAAUGCUCUGAACCUCCCAGCGAUCUCGAUGUGGUUCUUGUUAUACCCACCUGGGAAGGCUACAAUACAUGUCCAGAGCGUCGACAACUUUGAGGCAUUGUCAGCAAACUACGACACGAUACUGAAGAAGCAGAACUCGACAGACCCGAGAUACACAUCCGAGCUGAACCACCUUCGUUUCUAUCUACCGGACGUGUUCCCUGAGUUGAGUAAGAUUGUGCUGCUGGACCACGAUGUGGUGGUGAGAAGGGAUCUAGCAGGGCUUUGGGGUGUGGAUUUGAAGGGGAAAGUCAACGCAGCUGUUGAAACCUGCCACGAGAGUGACCCUUCUUUCCGGCGAAUGGAUAUGCUAAUCAAUUUCUCAGAUCCGAACGUUGCCAGGAGAUUGGAUGCCGGUGCAUGCACGUGGGCGUUUGGGAUGAAUCUGUUUGACCUCAGAGAGUGGAGGAGACGAGAUUUAACUGCCCUCUACCACAAAUACUUGCGAAUGGGGAGCAAAAGAGGGUUGUGGAAAAGUGGGAGCCUGGGACUCGGGUGGGCAACAUUCUACAACCGGACGGUGGGAUUGGAUAAGAAAUGGCAGAGACUAGGGCUAGGGUACGAGUCCGGCGUCGGGGCUGGCGACGGGAUAGAGGAAGCAGCGGUGUUGCAUUACGAUGGAGUGAGGAAGCCAUGGUUGGAUAUUGGGAUCCCAAAGUACAAGAGUUACUGGACUGCUUACCUCAACUAUGACAAUCCACAUUUUCAGCAGUGCAAUAUCCAUCCGUAG